AAAAAUAAAAUAAAUUAAACAAAAUCCUAAAUAGACUAGGAUUAUGAUUUGAGAUGGUAAAUCUAUAUAAGUAGAGGGAGAUACGGGACUUCUUUUUCACAAACACAUUCAUAAACACUACUUCAAAUACUCGCUCUGAUCUAACGAUUUUAUAGAUUUCUUCAUCUUUCUUCUUCUUCUUGUACGAUCAAAUCAUGAUCACAAAGAAGAUCUUUGGCUUUGUGCUCGCGAUCACGAUUCUCUUGGGUUGCUGCUCGGCUAAAAUAUACAAAGUUGGAGGUUCUAAUGGAUGGACUGCGAAGAAGAACUCUUGGGCUACGCAUAAAGAAUUCUAUGUCGGAGAUUCUUUGGUUUUUGAAUACGAUCAAAACGUUAACGACGUCACUCAAGUCUCUGAUGCUUCAAAGUACGAGUCAUGCGACUCUUCUUCUCCUAAAGCGGUUUACAACACCGGACACGAUGUCAUAACCUUCAAGGAACCAGGAUAUCACUACUUCAUUAGCUCAAAUCAUAUUCAAUGCGUCUAUGGACUGAAAAUCGACGUUCUUGUCGUCCAUGACAAGUCACGUCCUAUUCCUCCACCAACACCACCGAGCGAUAUCCUUCCUUUUGGUAAGAUCUACAAAGUUGGAGGUUCUGGUGGAUGGAGUGGGAAGAAGAACUCUUGGGCUGAGCAUAAGGAAUUCCAUGUCGGAGAUUCUUUGGUCUUCGAAUACGAUCAAAAUGUUAACGACGUCACUCAAGUCUUUGAUGCUUUAAAGUACGAGUCAUGCGACUCUUCUUCUCCCAAAGCCGUUUAUAACACAGGAUAUGAUGUCGUAACCCUCAAGGAACCAGGAUAUCACUACUUCAUCAGCUCAAAUCAUAUUCAAUGCGUCUAUGGACUGAAACUCGACGUUCUUGUCGUCCAUGACAAGUCACGUCCGAUUCCACCACCACCACCACCAAGCAAGAUCCAUGAACCCUCACAUCCGAUUCCUUCUCCACCACCACCGAGCAAGAUCCAUGAACCCUCACGUCCGAUUACUCCACCACCACCACCAAGCAAGAUCCAUGAACCCUCACGUCCGAUUCCUCCACCACUAUCACCACCGAGCAAAGUCCUUCCUUUGGGUAAGAUCUACAAGGUUGGUGACUCCAGAGGAUGGAGCGUUUAUAACAGUUACUACUAUUACAGGUGGAGUGAGGGAAAACAGUUUCAUGUUGGAGAUACUCUCUAUUUCGAAUAUAACAAGUACCUCAACGACGUUAGGGAAAUCAGCGAUGAUCUUGAGUUCAAAUCCUGCGAACAAAAUUCUACAGUAGCUGUGUACAAAACGGGACACGAUCUCAUUAAGCUUACCAAACCAGGAGUGCAUUAUUUUGUAAGCUUAAAAACCGGUCUUUGUCAGGCUGGGAUUAAACUUCGAGUCACGGUGCAACCAUUAACCGAAGCUGUUACUUUAUUCCCGAAUGUUCCCAAGAAGAAGUUGUCACCUAUCGUCAACAGGUGGUGGUUACACCCUUUCAGACCUCAUCACUAAGCACUUGAGUUUAGUUGAAGAGUUUUUUGGUUUUUCAAAGAGUUGUUUUGUGUUUUUUUUUUUUUUUAACAUUGUUUCGUUUAGAUUUUGUUAUUCAGUUUUUAUGAAAUUUUGAAAGUUUCUAUUUAGUUGGAUGCCCAAAAACAUUAACAUGUUCCUCCAUAUGACAUGACACGUGUUGGAAUAUAAUCUGACCAGCAACGGAAAGCCUUUUCAAUGGAUAAACCGAGUGUUAUCGUGAAUAUUAUUACCACACCACAACGGUUC